UGGGAAACUGCCGACGUUGAUGACUCCGACGUAAAAGUAGCUGCUGGUCAUGCUGCUGAAGCCCUGUCCAAGCAAUUUGCAUCCAAAUACCACCACAGACUCGUCAAGGUUCUCAAGGCAAAGAAACAGGUUGUUGCUGGAUUGAACUUCAGACUCGAUGUUGUAGUUGGCUUGACAACCUGCCAGAAGAGCGAAAUGUCUCAUGAAGAAGCUGGAGAUUGUGAACUUCAAGACACCGUCAGCACCUACAAGAAAUGCACUGUUAUUGUAAACAGAGACUUGAAGGACAACCACAAAAUGGUCACCUCCGGAUGCAUCCUUAUUUCACGCGAUGAAGUUUAAAUGCACAAUCUGAGAUAUAUAUUUUAUUUUUAUAGCUAAAUCAAUAUCUGCCUAUUUAUAAACACCAAAGGAACAUUUAUUUUAAACUUGUUUCUUAAGUUUUCAAAAUAAAAUAUUUCUCAUUACGUA